UGGAGGGGUCAGUCCCAGCCCCUGUUCCCUGGGAACAUCCAGCAAACGAGCAACGUUCAGGAUAAAAAAUGGUGAUUAAAUCCUACGUGCGAUGCUAUCCGCUUUGUGAUCUGAGACAUGCUCUUCAUGCAUCUGAGAUUCGGGGAUAUGGACUGUAUGUUUAUCCUAAUUCUUUUUUUCAAUAUGAAGGAGAAUGGAAACAAGGAAGAAAACAUGGUCAUGGUAAACUGUUAUUUAAGGAUGGGAGUUAUUAUGAAGGCGAGUUUGUAGAUGGAGAAAUUAUGGGAAAUGGAUUGCGAUACUGGGCAUCUACAGGAAACACUUAUUCAGGUCAGUUCGUUUCUGGAGAGCUCCAUGGACAUGGGGUUAUGCAGUACAAAGACGGUGGGAAAUAUGAAGGGGAGUUCUCCUAUGGAAUGAGAGAAGGACAUGGAUUACUUGUCGACAAGGAUGGACAAACUUAUCAAGGAACCUUUUACAAUAAUAAGAAACAUGGAGGAGGGAAAAUGACCUUCAAGAAUGGUGAUAAGUAUGAAGGAGACUGGAUCCUGGACCAGCAACAGGGUCAUGGGGUGCUGCACUGUGCCGAUGGAACUGUAUAUGAGGGACAGUGGAGAAAUGAUGUGUUCAAUGGACAGGGCACUGAAAUUCAUUGUUCUGGUGUCAUCUAUGAUGGACUGUGGAUCAAUGGCUACCCUGCUGCUCAAGCAAAGAAGAUAGUAAUUUUGGGCCCAGAAGUUAUUGAUGUAAUCCAAGGGUCUGCUAUCACCCUUCAUGUCCAGCUACAGAAUGAAGGAGGAGAGGUUUGUGAAUAUGAGAAUGGUCGACUUUUGGAGAUCUGGGCUGGAGUCAAAAACCAUCAAAUUCCAGCAAGUUCUUCUACCAGCUUAUUCAAGUUAAUUGAAGAAGUUGAAAGGAAGCCAGUGAAAACCCCUUUUGGAUUUGAGUGUAUUAGCUAUCCUUUGAUGGAUGCUGUGUCUGGAAGCUGGGAACUGAAAGCCGCUGUCCCUAUAUCUGGCAAAUCUGGAUUUGCACUGGCUGAUUUACCAAUCCCUAAGGGAGAUAUAGAGCCAGAAUCCAGAUCAGACACCCUGCUUGGAAUGGGAGAUGCCCCUAGCACCGAGGAUGGAUUUGAAGAUGAAAGUAUCCGUCCUCCAGCCAGUCAGAGAGUGGAGCGUGGCUGUGUUGUUUUCAGAAACAUCAUGCUUGCACCUCCUCCAGCUAAUUAUCAACCAUUCAUGCUUUUGGAUGAACUAAACAAGAAAAGAGGCAAAAAGCCAAGUGGAAGGAUAUCUGCUGAGAAAGCUGAGAAGAUGAUAGUCUCACAGGAGAAAAUUGUAGACUGCAGGUCUGAAGUGACAGCGAAAGGGUACAAGUCAAAACAGGAUCAGCACUCCACGAAGAACUCUAGGGUAUUGCCAGGUAAGGAUUUCUAG